AGUACGUGUGCUUCACAGCAGUUAGCUUGCGGCCAGUAAGCUAACAGUACAGCUGAGUUGAAUUCAGAAUCAUGGUGCUGCUUGAAAAUGACUCGUUCCUCACAGAGCUCACACGGCUCUUCCAGAAGUGCAGAACAUCUGGGAGUGUUGUCAUCACGCUAAAGAAAUAUGAUGGGAGGACCAAGCCAAUGCCCCGAAAGGGCCACGCGGAGUCAUUUGAACCAGCAGACAACAAAUGUCUCAUCAGGGCGUCUGAUGGCAAGAAGAAGAUUAGCACAGUGGUUAGCACCAAAGAAGUAAUCAAGUUUCAAAUGGCAUAUUCCAACCUCCUAAGAGCUCACAUGGAUGGACUUAAGAAGAAAGAUAAGAAAAGCAAAAGCAAGAAAACCAAAGCCACCCAAUGAGCAACAGACUCUUUAACAUAAUCACGGGUACCUAAACUGGCCUGUACUAGCAUGGGAAAGGCCCCCACUUGGCUCUCCUCCCAUUCAGCUGAGGCCUCAGACUCACUGUUCAUCCACCCGGUGACUGCUUUGAUAUAAUGCCAUUGUUUGCAUGGUAACGUCUCAUCCCUGGCUGGUCAGUGCCAUCGGUGAUCUGGAACAGAAAACCUGAGGAUUUCUCACAACUCACACAGAGCGAAGCAAAUCAACUUUAUUGAGUCUCCACCACGUCUGCUUCGGAACCAGGUCAUCAACAUCUGUGUCACCUCUGGAGCCAAAUCCAUGGAACCCAAUAAUUAGCUGCCUUUCAUACUAUUUAAUUGUUAGAGUCCCUAUUUAUGUUAUAUUUACUGCUUGCCUGUGAGCUGUGGUGCCAUGUUUCAAUUUGACCGCAUCUCGAGAAAAAUGUUAAAUAUUACAUUCAUUGGAAUUUUUUUUUUUAAUCAUUGACAUUACUGUUAAGUUACCUGGAAAUACAGAACUAAAUCACAUCAGAUUUGUUUUAACCAGUUUGACUUUCUUAAUUUUUUUAAUUUACUUUAUUAUGCAUUUUUAGUUUAGCUUUUUGAAGUACAAUGAAUAUUAUUUCCCCUCUGUUUUGAACCACAGUUCCAUACCAAGCUGCUAAACUGUCCUAAAUUGUCGAGCACCAUAAAAUGUACUGUAUGGCUCCAGUUAACAUGGUUAAUUGAAAUUUGAAGAAGAUAUCCUGAAUGAUAGCCAAGAAAAAGCGCUAAAAGUUGUCAGUUUACUGAAAGGCAUUGAGUUUGAGUUAUGAAUACAGAGACAAAGUAUUGGCUGUAAUUCUAAUAAUGUUCCUGUUGAUCACAAUUACAAGGCAGGUUUAACUACAGCCAGUAUGUUUUGUCAACCAUUUGUAUUGUCUCGUCAUGCUCCUGAGACCUGCAGCAGAAUUUAAGUUCAGAAAUAAAGUGCUUUGUUAAAAGUCA